UUCGAAACACUUGCUUCACACAGUAAGCUCUCUGCCUGAGAUACAGUAACUGGCAUUAGCACAGUGUUAAGACCGAGCCUGGACCAACGGGUGGACCAUCAGUCAGGGCAUCCUCUCUUACGACAUCCCCCAUCCCCCUCACCUUGCUCAGCAUCACCCCCACCUUGCUCAGCAGAGAACUACCAUGAUCUCACUCCAGAGGAUGUUGGGCCUCAUGCUCAUGCUGUUACAUGGAGUAGUUACCUUUCCUCUUGAGCUCAACCCUCCCAGAGUGGUGGUGAGAUAUGGAGACUCAGUCUCAGUCAACUGCAGCACAUCAUCCACAGACCAUGAUGGGAUGGGCUGGGAGGCCACAUUCGAAGGUACAAGUGUAGAACAAGAUGUCAACGUUGUCACCUGGACUGUGGAUAACCUUACUGAUUGGAAAAUAGAACCCAAAUGCUACAUCAAUCUCAAUGAUGGCAAACAACACUCAAUAGUACUUCCAGUCAUUCUCUACAAGACUCCAGACAGAGUCUCCAUCUCUGUUCUGAACCCCUCUGGUCCCAUGGUGGAGGGGACACAGUACCAGCUGCAGUGUGACAUUCAGAACAUCGCUCCUCUACAGAACCUGGUUGUGAAGUGGUACAAAGGGAAUGAACCCUUAGAUAAUGUAACUUACAGUAACGUCAGUAAGACACCAGAGGAUGUGUCAGCUACUCUGAUGAUCAGCCCCAGUAGAGAUGAUGAUGGAGCUCAGUAUAGAUGUAGAGCAGAACUGGACCUGGGACCAGAGGGACCACAACCCCAUCCUACAGUGACAUCAGAACCUCUCAGCAUUACUGUGCACUACGCUCCUGAGUUCCUUCCAGGAAAUGACACAGUGGAGGUGAGUGCAGGCAGUGAUGUGUCUCUGAACUGCAGUGCUGAGGGGAACCCUCCUCCUGAGCUGAGGUGGAAUGCCAAUGAGACCACUGUGGGGCGCCUGCGUACUCUCAAUAUCUCCAGAGUAACAGCUAAUGCAACUUACAACUGCACAGUCACAAAUAGACUGGGCUCCAUCACCAAGCAGAUACAUGUCUUAGUAGAUGUACCUCCACAACAACACCCAACAAUGUUCUCCACAGCACCCUCAACUCCAGACACUAUUACCACCCUUCCAGCAACAGCCAAGCCAAAAGUAGUUACCUUUCCUCUUGAACUCAACCCUCCCAGAGUGGUGGUGAGAUAUGGAGACUCAGUCUCAGUCAACUGCAGCACAUCAUCCACAGACCAUGAUGGGAUGGGCUGGGAGGCCACAUCCGGAGGUACAAGUUUAGAACAAGAUGUCAACUUUGUCACCUGGACUGUGGAUAACCUUACUGAUUGGACAAUAGAACCCAAAUGCUACAUCAAUCUCAAUGAUGGCGAACAACCCUCAAAAGUACUUCCAGUCAUUCUCUACAAGACUCCAGACAGAGUCUCCAUCUCUGUUCUGAACCACUCUGGUCCCAUGGUGGAGGGGACACAGUACCAGCUGCAGUGUGACAUUCAGAACAUCGCUCCUCUACAGAACCUGGUUGUGAAGUGGUACGAAGGGGAUGAACCCUUAGAUAAUGUAACUUACAGUAACGUCAGUAAGACACCAGAGGAUGUGUCAGCUACUCUGAUGAUCAGCCCCAGUAGAGAUGAUGAUGGAGCUCAGUAUAGAUGUAGAGCAGAACUGGACCUGGGACCACAACCCCAUCCUACAGUGUCAUCAGAACCUCUCAGCAUUACUGUUCACUACGCUCCUGAGUUCCUUCCAGGAAAUGACACAGUGGAGGUGAGUGCAGGCAGUGAUGUGUCUCUGGACUGCAGUGCUGAGGGGAACCCUCCUCCUGAGCUGAGGUGGACCAACAACACUGCAGAGGGAAAUGCCAAUGAGACCACUGUGGGGCGCCUGCGUACUCUCAAUAUCUCCAGAGUAACAGCUAAUGCAACUUACAACUGCACAGUCACAAAUAGACUGGGCUCCAUCACCAAGCAGAUACAUGUCUUAGUAGAUGUACCUCCACAACAACACCCAAUGAUGUUCUCCACAGCACCCUCAACUCCAGGAACUAUGACCACCCUUCCAGGAACAGCCAAGCCAAAAGUAGUUACCUUUCCUCUUGAGCUCAACCCUCCCAGAGUGGUGGUGAGAUAUGGAGACUCAGUCUCAGUCAACUGCAGCACAUCAUCCACAGACCAUGAUGGGAUGGGCUGGGAGGCCACAUCCGGAGGUACAAGUUUAGAACAAGAUGUCAACUUUGUCACCUGGACUGUGGAUAACCUUACUGAUUGGACAAUAGAACCCAAAUGCUACAUCAAUCUCAAUGAUGGCGAACAACCCUCAAAAGUACUUCCAGUCAUUCUCUACAAGACUCCAGACAGAGUCUCCAUCUCUGUUCUGAACCACUCUGGUCCCAUGGUGGAGGGGACACAGUACCAGCUGCAGUGUGACAUUCAGAACAUCGCUCCUCUACAGAACCUGGUUGUGAAGUGGUACGAAGGGGAUGAACCCUUAGAUAAUGUAACUUACAGUAACGUCAGUAAGACACCAGAGGAUGUGUCAGCUACUCUGAUGAUCAGCCCCAGUAGAGAUGAUGAUGGAGCUCAGUAUAGAUGUAGAGCAGAACUGGACCUGGGACCAGAGGGACCACAACCCCAUCCUACAGUGACAUCAGAACCUCUCAGCAUUACUGUUCACUACGCUCCUGAGUUCCUUCUAGGGAAUGACACAGUGGAGGUGAGUGCAGGCAGUGAUGUGUCUCUGAACUGCAGUGCUGAGGGGAACCCUCCUCCUGAGAUGAAGUGGAACUACACCGCUGCACGCAAUGUGAAGUUGUCCACUGAGGGGCGCCAGAGGACUGUUAGAAUCACCACAGCUACGUCUACCAACGCUGGGAUCUACAUCUGCACUGCCACGAAUAUAGUUGGGACGGCCACCAGAACAACAACAUUAUUAACUAUGAAAGGUGGCUCCUCGAGUAUAAUUUAUAUAAUUUGGGUGAUUGUAUUUGUUUCCCUGGUCAUUGUCCUGGUAGUCCUGAUAGUCUUCUGUAUGAUGAAGAAAAGACAAGGACAUUAUGAUUUCAUACCAGUCAACCAGACAAACAACGUUCCAAUGAUGCCAAUGUCUACAACAGGGGAAGGCAACCAUGAUCCAGAGGGGUAUCCUACGAAGGUUUGAGGAGUUACCUCAGUAAAUUAGAUCAACUCUUGAGUUCAACUCGGGAUAGCCAGUCAUAGGAAAGUGUCUCACCCUUUAGCCAGGUACAUUUCAGAACUAAUCUGCUCCUGGGCAGGCUAACUCCAGUCCAGUAGAGGUUACUGAGGGGAGGACGGUCCAUAAUAAUGGCUGGAACGGAGCGUGGAUACCAUUCCACUGAUUGCGCUCCAGCCAUUACCACGAGCCCGUAUUCUCCCGAUUAAUGUGCCAACAAUCUCCUGUGAACUCCACUUACUGAAGUGACUGAGCCACGAGUUGAAGACCAAUUAAAUAUGAAUCCCUCCCGCUUGUAAAGAUUGCGUCAUCAUCUACUGCAUUUGAGGAAGACUAUAUUUUAUUCAUGAGAUGUUUUUUUUGGGGGGUUCAAAUAUAUAACAUUCCAAAUUUUGUAAUGACAGAAUGCAUUUUAAACUUCACGCACAGUAACACUUUUGUACAACAUUAAAAUGAUUUGGUCUACAUGCAACACUGGGAUUUAAUAAAUAAAAUCCUUAAAAAUACAUUUAAUCCACAUCAUUGAACAAUUCAUUCUGAAUGAAAAACUAAAUUUAUUUAUUUCAAACAACAAUGAGACUGCGUGAUCUGCAAAAGUAUUUAAAAUGUAAGAUUAGGGUGGCGAUUCAAUCGGAGUAAUGUAUUUUACUUGACUUUGAAUGUGACUUUGAGUAACAAAUCUAUGUGCGUUUACUGUUAAUACACUUGUAUAGGAUUUGGAGUCAAUGUCAACUAUGUGUAGUCUAGACUAGGGCCGCAACUUUGGUUCAAGUAGUGGGGGGACAUAAUAUUAUCAUUUGUUUUAAAAUAUCCAGUCCGAUAAACACUAAAAACAGCCUUUGCGACCGCUCGGAGACAUCCGCGUGGUCUUAAAGCACACAGCGCCUAGUUUUGUAUCACAUUCCAAUGGUAAAACUGGGGAGGACAAAAUUGAAUUUCAGAAUGUGGGGGGGACAUGCCUCCGUCUCCAGUGAAAGUUGUGUCCUUGCUAGGAUUUGCACUGUAUAAGAAAAAUAACAACAUGAAAUGUAUUCCUGCCAUGUGCUGGCUGCCCUCUUGAACAAAUAGUGUUGUAAAAUUUGAGGAUUUAUGUAAGUAUGAAGUAGCUAUGUGUGUGUGCUUACCUUAGUCUAGAAAAUGAAUCAGAAUACUGUUGAUACAUAGGCCUUGAUUCAGUGGUACAGUUUGUUGAAUUGUGUUUACACAACCUAACUAUGAGCUUUUUUAGUGUGACUAGCGUUUUUUAAAUGCUUUUGUAGAUUUUUGCCUGUUCAAGUGUCUUGCAUCUGACAACAUACAAAGGAAUUGAAUAAGAAUGUUCAUAUUUCUAUAUCAAUAGUUAAUUGUAUUGCUUGCUGUAGUCUAAUUACAAUAGAAUCUGAACAUUAAUUUUCCUUUAUAAAACUAUUUUCAAAUAUGUUUUUAAAAGUGACUUGUGUAUGCCCAUAAAUAAACCAGAUUCACUGAUUAUGACAUGCCACUGCCA